CGCAUUUCACUCGAAAAGAGAGAGAGAAUAAUAUGCACCUUGCUACAUCCAACGAUCAAUCCCCCUUUUUAUCUGCCGCAGUCUGCAGGUUCCUAGUUUAGUGAGUGACGUAAACCAGCUGAAGGUCCUGUUCGGCAGAACCGGACACGCCUGGUGAAAUGUGCUUAAACACCAUCUACAGCAUUGGGGCUGUACUGCUGUUGUGUCAUGCUGUUGUGCAAGCAGAGGUCACCACACCGCCGUCAUUGGUUUUCAGCGCAAACGCGAAAACAUGUGUCACCGAGAGCUUGGGGCUACUAAUCAUCCGAAUCAAGAGACCAUCAUCGGACAAGUCGAGAAUGGCUGCAGCAGUAGCCUAUACCAAUGGCGACGCAGAUUCGACCACUGACUACGCCAACAAUGUCACAACGCUCACCUUUGGACGUCGAAAGAGAAAUGCUUAUCUGGAAGUGCCGAUCAUCGACGAUCUGGUUGUCGAAUCACGGGAAGAGUUCUCAGUGACAAUCAGUGCUUCGGGCUACGAUGACAUCACCAUUAAGGGAUGCAUACACGAUGACGACGCUGCUGUUCUAUUCGACUGUAACCGGUAUGGUGUUACCUGCAAAGCCGGCGUCUGUCCGCCCAGCAGUCCGACUUGUGACUGUUCCUCCGCUACUGGUAGAACAGGAGAUGACUGUGGUAUUAUUCAAUCUAACAUAAAUGGCACAGGCUGUUCUGGCAUGGACUGUGGAAGUAACGGACGGUGCGUCUCUGAUGGGUCAACAGGCGCAUGUGUAUGUGGUUCUGGACAUUACAGUGGCAAUGCUGGGAAGUGUGAACGCAAGAGGACAACCAUCACAUCCUGUGAUAACAACAAGAUGACAAUCUGCAUGAACCCCAUCAACCUGUAUCAGCCCCUCAUCACGGUCUCUGGCUACACCUCCACUGAAUGCACUGCCAAUCCAGUAGGGGGUAUCACUGACACUGAAGACAGGAUCCCCUCAGACAUACAAGGCCAGUGCAUCACUGUCGGCUUCAGUGGCAGCUGUGGAACGUACACCACUACGACACAGGGAGGGAACGUGUGUUAUACAAUACCAUACCGCAUCCAGUACAACCCUAUCAUGCUGGUGGCCUCCGAUGAGGUUGUAUAUGGCAAUUGUUGUGUCAACGAAUCCGGGCAAACCAUAUCCACAGAUGCCAUCCUAGCAGAUACUGCAACAAAAUUUCUCAACAAACAGCAGGAGAGUGCCAACUUUUUGGGAGUCAAGUUAUCCGCCACGCUCAGUAAUGGUCUCGCUAUAUCCAACCCUGUUCCACUUAACCAAAUCUACAGGCUGUGUUUAAACAUUGCAGAUGAUGGCUUCUUGUAUCUUGGCUUGAUCCGAAUAAUCGUCCAUAAUGGUCAGACGGAUUCCUCGCGGAAAGAGGCAGUGGUGUAUGGAAACGAUGGAUGCAGCGACGAGUCCGGUAAGGCAAUCGUGCACUCCUAUCCAAGCAGGGUGAGUGACACGCAGAUUUGCAUGCAGUACAGACCAGGUUACUUCCGACCAGGGCCUGCAGCCGUGGUGCACGACAUGAAGUACAAACUGUGCCUCUCCGGGGAUCAAGCUGGCUGUCAACUGACAACAUGCGGAGUAACGGGAGACAGAAAGAAGCGUCAAACCAAUGACGGCAGAGUUGAGUCAACAGCCAACACCACAGUGUACUUUGAGGAUGACACCACGGCAGCAUCGCAAACAAACGGCGAAACUGGUGUUUUUCCAACUGCAAAGAACUGCCUCCCUGGGAUGUCUGUGAUGUUCCCCGCCAUCAUCGUGGUCUGCAUCGUCGCCCUGAUACUGCUCCUGAUCAUUGUGUACAUGUGUUUCCUCCUCAUGAAGAAACGACGCAAACAAGAGGAUGAAGACAAUGAAGUGAAGUCCCAAAAGAGUUGCAUGUCACAACGCUACUAAUUCAGCUUAAUAUACUGAACCGCAAAAGAAACGUCACCCCAAGUAAUAUUGCAUGAAAAGUUGCCAUUUAAAUAUCUGUGUAAUUUUUGUCAAAGUUUCUAAAAUUUAACAUUAUCAUGUCCGGAAAAAUUAAAUUUGAUGAUACCAAAACAAAGCAGAUGACAAUAAAACCGAUCGCCUAACCAAUCACGGCAACCGCCAUGGUAAUCCAAUGCACGUUCCGUGCAAAUUGAAAUGCACAUGCGUUCCCCAAUUUCUUGCCCUAUAAGAAUCCACCAAGAUCGGAUAACAUUCAUUCGUUUUUGAAUUGCUACCACAUGCCA